AGCUCCGUCACUGAUAUUCCCAUGGAAUUACCCGAAGCGCCCAGUGGUCCGAUAACCCGAGCGCGUGCUAGUCGCGAAAAGUUGCGCCGAAUGGAUACGGAGAUGGAAGAAUUGCAGAAAUGGGCAGCUGCGAACUAG